GACAUGCGCAGGUGCGUGGCGCCCGUCGAGAGCCGUACUGCGCCUCCUUCGACCUCGCGGUCGCCUCGAAGCACCUCGAAGGGAUGGAUCGUCGCACGAGGGCGCGCACCCUCGCCCCGGCCCGUCUCGGCUCGGGUUGAUCUCAACGGUCGGAAGACCGCACCUCCUCCAGCAUGACGAGGCCUCCGAACAACGACAAUCUCGUCACCUUCAAGCUGGUCGUGGUGGGCGACGGAGGCGUCGGCAAGAGCGCCCUGACCAUCCAGUUCUUCCAGAAGCUCUUCGUCACCGACUACGACCCCACCAUCGAGGACAGCUACAUCCAGCACACCGAGAUCGACGACCAAUGGUGCAUCUUGGACGUGCUGGACACCGCUGGCCAGGAGGAGUUCAGUGCCAUGCGAGAGCAGUACAUGCGAAAGGGCGAUGGCUUCCUGCUGGUCUACUCUGUCACCGAUGAACAGUCCUACGAGAACAUCGUCAACUUUUAUACUCAAAUCCUGAGGGUCAAGGACCGCGACGUUUACCCCAUGUUGCUCGUUGCGAACAAAGUGGACCUGGUGCAUCUCAGGAAGAUCACCGAAGAGCAGGGCAGGGAACUGGCGCACCGUUUGGGUGUUCCCUACGUUGAAACGUCUGCCAAAGAUCCCCCCUUGAACGUGGAUGCCGCGUUUCAUGAGGUGGUACGUAUAAUUCGGAAUCAACCGCCAGCAGAGUUGGAGAAGAACCGAAGAAAGCAAAGACGCGCAGGGAAGUGCGAUCUUCUCUAAGCACCGAUACUCCGAAUGAUGCCAAAGCCCAAAAGGAAGUAUCGAUUUGGUUUCUUCGUCGACAGCUUGAAUCGUUUUACCCUUUCUUUCGAUGUUUCAUAUCUCCCGGACGAUGAUUUACUUGAAACGAAGAGCGAGAAGGUGUAUUGGCCCUCUCGCGGAAGAGCGAAGAGUCUCCAGGAAAGCAGAGGCGUCUACAAAGUGAUAUUCCCAAACAGGAGCACAAAAACAGUUGCACGAAUGCGCACGAUUCUCUAAGUAUUACCAUGUAAAUGUACGUAUAUUCGCCGAGAAGACAUAUGUAGAUUUCAUACCGAUGCAAAUCCAUAUCCGAUUUGUAUAGACUCACCGAAGAAGAUAACCUAACCUAUUUUAUGAGACACACGUGUACAUACAUACUACGAGAAAUCACGAAACUUCGGAACGUCUGGAAAUGAAAGCUACCACGUAAUAGGGUAUAUUUUGUAAUAGCUCGUCUGGAAACGGUCAAAGUCGUCGGAUCGACGUUUAAAUUGUAAAUUACUAAAUGGAGACAUCGAACUGUCCGAACCUUGGAUCGAUUUUGUAAAGUGUUCGCUAACCGACAGAGCAAGGGUGUGGAUCAGUGCUAUUGUCUUCUCGAAGGAAACAAAAUGGAAGGAAAGCAGUUAAUUUAAUAUACUGGAUAACUAAUAAAUUAGUAUUCGACUAA